AUGGUAGUAAUAACAUGGUCAGAAAUUCGAACAUUGCGCGAACGUCUUGGUGAAAAUGAACAUAAAAUUAAUGAUACUAUAUUAUCUACAAAUAAUACUCCAAUUGAUUAUCAUAAUAGAAAUGAAAAAGUACCAUUAGACAACUCAUUAGUAAAUGAAAAUAUUCGUUUAAAAGAACGUAUUGAUGAACUCGCAUCGAAAGAAAAACAUCUUACUGAAUUGAAUGAAGAAUUACAACGUAAAAUUCAAGAUUAUGAAGGUUCAUCAAAACGUAGUCUUAGUAGUAGCAGCAGUAGUAGUAGUAGUAGUAGUUCAAAUGAAACAGUUAUAACUACAAGUAUUCAUAUGGAAAAAAUAAAAGAUUUAACAAAUGAAAUUGAAAAAUUAAAAAAAAAUUAUGCAGAUUUAGAAGAAAAAUAUGAAUAUGAAAAACAUGAAUUACAAACAAUGCUUGAACAAUUACGUGAAGAUGUUGUUGAAUUAGAUAAAACAAAACAAUUUUAUAUGGAUAUAAGUGAAGAAAAACAUCCAAUGAAUGAUACAUUACAAACAAAAUUUGAUUUUGAAUUAAAAACUAAAUUAGAUGAUUUACGUCGAGUACUUGAAGAAGAAUAUAAUGAAAAAGUUUUAGUUUAUAAAAAUAAUCAAAAAAAACUUGAACAAGAUAAUGAAAAUUUAAAAAUUAAAUAUAAUCAAGAUUUAGAACAACAAUCUAAAGAAUUCUAUCAAGAAAUGGAAGCCAUGAAAAUUAAACACGAAAAACAAACUAUUGAAUUAAAUAAUGAAAUUGAUAAACUUAAAAUUAAUGAAGAUGCUAAUAAUCGUUUAGCAUAUACUGAAAAAGAAUUUGAACAAUUAAAACAUGAUUAUUAUGAUUUAAAUCUAAAACAAAAAGAAAUAUUAAAAAAUUAUUCAAUACUUGAAAAUCAAAAUCAAAAUUUAUUAAAUACAAUUGAACAAAUUAAAAAUGAAAAUCAAAGUUUAUUAAAUACAAUUGAACAAAUUAAAAAAGAAAAAAUUGAAUUAAAAGAAAAUUUUUUACAUGAAGAAGAAAAACUUUUAAAUGAAAUAAAAGAAUUAAAUGAAUUAAAUCAUCAUCAAAAAGAAGAAUUAUUAUCUAUUCAAAAAGAAACUGGUCAUGAUCAAAAUAAUUUAAAACAAGACAUACAAUUAUUACAAGCACGUAUAAAUAAUUAUGAAAAUAAAAUUACACAAUAUGAAGAAUUUCGUUUAAAAUUAGAAGAUAAUUUACAAAAAUUAAUACAACAACGUGAUAGAAAUAAAAAUGAUUUAAAAUUAACAAAAGAAAUAUUAAAAACUAAAGAAGAUGAAUAUAAUCAAUUGAAAUUACAUUUUGAUCAAUGUCAACAACAUUUACAAGAUAGUAAAGAACAAUAUGAAACAACAAUUAAUAAUUUACUAAGACAAACUCAAGAAUUAAAUCAAACACAAUCAACUGUUAAUCAAAAUGCUGAAUUUGAAUAUCGUGAAAAACUUAUAUCUCUUGGUGUUGAAAAAAAACAACUUGAAAAACGUUUACAAGAAUCAACUCAUACACUUAACUUAGCUGAUUAUCAUUUACAACAACAAGUUUCAAAAAUAAGAUUAAGUAUUGAACAAGAAUAUAGUCGUCGUUAUGAAAAUGAUCUUAAACGACAUCAAUAUGAAAUAAAACAAUUACGACAAAAAUUAACUAAAGAAAUUGAAAAUAAACGUAAAAUUAUUGCACCAAUUCAAAUAAUAAAUAAUUCUGCAAAAGAUAUAGAAGAAAUUAAGAAAAUGUAUCGAACAGAAAUUGAUCGUUUAUAUCAUGAAAAUGUUGAAUUAAGUCAACAUCAAGCUAAACUUAUAGAUACAUAUCAAAAACGAAUGGAAGUAAUGAAAAAAGAAUUAGAUAAUGGUUAUAAUAAUAUUAUUAAUGAAUUUCAACGUGAACAAAAACGUUUAGAAACACGUUAUGAUCAAUUAAAACAACAAUUAUUUGAUUCAAAACAAACAAUUGAACAAUUAAAAUUAAAUUUAAAUCGUUUAAAAAUAAAUCCUUUUAAUGAUUUAUCAAACAUUAAAGAAACACAUACUAAUGAAAAUUAUACUUAUGUAUACGAUAAUAAGGAUCAACAAGAUAAUCAACAAAUUCAUCUUAAAAAUCUUGUUAAACCACGUGAACAAUCACAUGAUGUAUUAAAUCAAGAACGAACAUUACAUGGUAAACAAGUAAAUGAAUAUCAACAAACUAUAGCUUCAAUACAAGAUAACAUAAGUGAUAUGGGAAAACAACAUAGAAAUACUACGGAUGAAAUUGAGCAUGAAUUUCACCAAAAACGUUUAACAAAUCAAAGACGUGUUGUAUCACGACCGACUAGUGUAGCAGAAUCUGUACUGACUGAUUCAUCAGCAUACGAGACGCGUUCCGAUUCUAAAAUAACUAUUGGAAAAUUACAAGAUUCUUUUCCUAUAUCUUCAUCGAAUUCUUCUAUUUCAUUAUUUUCAAUAACUUCUCAACAUCAACCAAAUCAUUCAAUUAUUUAUGAUUCUUCUUUAUCAAAUAAAUCAACAGUACCAUCAAGAAAAUCUAUUGAAUGUCUUUAUAUAACACCAACAAUAAAUAAACAAUCAGCAUCAAAUAUAUUAAUGCCUAGUCAAAAUCCAACUAGUUCAAUAAUUUCAUCUCCACAUAAUACAUAUAAAUAUCAACAAUCAAAACAUAGAAAUUUUCAAACAAAAAUAUUUCGAAGUGAAAAUGAUUUAAUGUUAGCUAUACAACGUAAUGAACAAGAAAAACCAAAUUUUAAUAAUAAUGAUGAUACAUCAAUAUUAUGUAAAAAUGAUCAACAAACAAAUGUUCGAACUUUAGCAAAAGAAUAUGAACAAAAAACAAAUUUACCAUCGGAUUAUUCUCAUGUUAAAAAUCGAACAACAGAUGUACAUUAUUCUACGACACGAACAAUAAUUAAUAAUCAACAAGAACAAAAUAUUGAUAAUGAUGAAGAAUUAACAUGGCCAAAAGAACCAGUAUCAACUACUCCUUCAAAACAAACAAGUGGACUAAGAAAAUUUGUAAGUAGUAGUUUAAAACUUUUCAUUAUACAACCACAACAACAACAGCAGCACGAACGAUCAGGAAAAUAA